AAAUUUUCUUUUGUGCCCUCAUCCCUGUGAUCAAACAGAGGUCGCAGUUAGCGCUUGAGACGUGCCGCUGAGAAGUGCGAUCGGUCAAUAGCUCCUCUCCUCUAUCUUCAUCUUCAUAAGUUAGGUUCUUGUUUCCAAACUCCGCAUAGGCAUCUAAUCUAAUCAGAUCUAAUCGGCUUAUACAUUAAAGUUUGAUUUGGAGUUGGAGUUGGAGUUGGAGUUGGAUUUGGGCUUACGAAUUACGUAGGUAGGUGGUGUGGUUUAGAGGGACAAAUCAAGAGUUAAAACAAAAAGUAGUAAAUAAAAAGAGAAGAGGGUAGUUGGAUUUGAUUGUAAAGGGUUUUGCAGAAGAUGAAAACCUCGUCCUUCUCCUCCUCCUCCUCCUCCUUUUCCUUGUUAUGGUUUAUUAUUAUGUUAUGGGUGGCUUUUUUUAUUGGUAGAUCGGCUUCUGUUCCCUCCAGAGACCUACUUGGAAUUGCUCCCCAAGAUGAAUUAUAUUAUAAGACAUUUUCAUCAUCCUCCUCGUCAUCGGGCACUAUCAGUAUCAAAUGCAGGGAUGGAUCCAAGAAAUUUAGCAAAUCUCAGCUCAAUGACGACUUCUGCGACUGCCUCGAUGGCACUGACGAGCCUGGAACAUCAGCAUGCCCCAAUGGAAAAUUCUAUUGUCACAAUGCAGGCUAUGCUCCAUUUUUUAUAUUUUCUUCUAGAGUCAAUGAUGGUAUUUGUGAUUGCUGUGAUGGUAGUGAUGAGUACGAUGGUAAAGUGAAGUGCUCAAAUACAUGUUGGGAGGCUGGAAAAGUUGCUAGAGAUAAAUUGAAGAAAAAGAUUGCAACUUAUCAAGAAGGAGUAACAUUGCGAAAGCAGGAAGUUGAACAAGCAAAACUAGCUGUAGCUAAAGACGAGGCAGAAUUGUCGAAGCUAACAAGUGAGGAGAAAAUACUUAAAGGGCUUGUUCAACAGCUUAAGGAGCGUAAGGAACAGAUAGAAAAAGCAGAGGAGAAAGAACGAUUGCAGAAAGAAAAAGAAGAGAAGGAAAAGAAAGCAGCUGAGGAAGCAAAAGGGGAGAAAAGCAAAGCUGUGGAAGAAACUUCCAGCCAAGUAAAUCCUGAAGAAAGUACAAAUCCUGAUAACACUGGGCUACUGGAGGACUCUUCUUCGGAUCAGGAUGCGAGAGAACACCCCAAUGACUUCAUAGAUGAAAUUGCACAUAGUGAUAAUUCUGGAAAUGAAGGACUUCCAAAGAAUGAAGUACAAGAGGGUGAAGCAAAGGAAGAGGAAGAAUCUCCAGUUGCGUAUGAAUCUGAUCCUGGUGUCGUAAGCAAGGAAAAUGAUGCAUCUGAAGAUGCUGAGUCACUAUCAAAGGAAGAGUUGGGUCGUCUUGUUGCUUCCCGUUGGACAGGAGAAAAUACAGGGCAGCAAACUAGGGAAGUUGAUGCUGUGAAAGAUGAUAAACCUGAAAUCUCUGAGGAGGCACCAAAGGAUGUACAUGAUGAGGAGUACAGAGGAUAUGAUUCAGAAACUGAGGAUGACAGCCAAAGAUAUGAUGACGAUGAUGGUGAAGAUGAUCCUGUGGAAGAUUUUGGAGAUGAGAAUCAUGACGAUUUUGGUUCUUCGUACAAAUCUGUGUCAGAUGAUGAUUUAGACUUGUCAGAUAUAACAACCGCGAGUAACCCAUCUUGGUUAGAGAAGAUACAACAGACUGUGCGCAACAUUCUACAAGCUGUUAAUUUGUUCCAGACUCCUGUGGAUGUAUCAGAGGCUGCUCAUGUACGCAAAGAAUAUGAUGAAGCCAGUGCCAAGUUGUCUAAGAUACAAUCAAGAAUAUCAAGUUUGACUAAAAAGUUAAAACAUGACUUUGGUCCAGAGAAGGAGUUCUAUUCAUUCUACAAUAACUGCUUUGAUAUCAAGCAGAACAAGUAUGUUUACAAAAUUUGCCCAUUCAAACAAGCUUCCCAGGAGGAGGGGCACAGCACAACUCGCUUGGGGGAUUGGGAAAAAUUUGAGGAUUCAUACAAAGUCAUGCUAUUUUCAAGUGGGGAUAAAUGCUGGAAUGGACCUGAUAGAAGUUUAAAGGUCAAGUUAAGAUGUGGGUUGAAGAUUGAGGCAACUGAUGUGGAUGAACCAAGCCGUUGCGAAUAUGUAGCAUUGCUAUCUACCCCAGUUCUUUGUGUAGAAGAAAAACUUAAGGAACUACAAGAUAAACUAGUCUCGAUGAACAAGGAGCAACCACAGGGUCAUGAUGAACUUUAAACCCUCCAGAUAGGUUUACGUGGGAUCGCUUCAAGGUUUAAGUGAGAAAGAGCAAUCAGCAUUUGAAGUUGCCUUGCUUACACAUUUUGUUUGGAGCUUGCUUAAUAUAUUUUAUAUAAGAUUCUUCACGAAUUGUGAAGUUAGGCUUUCCAAUGGAAACCGAAAGAGAAAAGGUGAGUUAAGGCUUGAAAGCACUUUUUCCUUUUUGUAUGGUUGCUGCUCCGAAACCACUUGGAAGCUCUUACAAGUAGUGAACUUGAACAAAUUCUGAUUUUCAUGUUGUUCAUCAUUUUUUUUUUUUUUUUUCAAUCAAACUUAGAAAGAUGAUAGUAGUAUGUCUGUCACCAAAAUUAGCAUUCCUUUUCCCUGUACUCUAGGACUGUCAUUUUUCUGACUAUAAUGCAAUUUUUGGAGUUUGAACACCCAUGAAUUUGGCUGUGAAUUUGGUCGAGUUGAGACUUUUACAUCUUAUUUGGAUUUCUUCUGAAUUUAUAUGUAUUAUAUUGUUCUAGUA